AUGUUCUUCAAACGUCGGUCCCGAGCCAAUUCUUACGUCGACAACAGUGAGAACCCGCGCUCGCAGUCAUUCGACGAUUACACAGAUAAGCGCCCCGAGUCGAGCCGUAAGGAGUCCCACCACAGCCAGCCCUUCUCGCCUACCGAGGAGCCGGACAUGUAUCCCCGCCAGCAGCAACCCCAAGAGCCGACGUACGCGCAGAGUGCUCCCCCAACCCACAACAACAUGCCCAUCCGCUCCCAGCAGGUGCCCCCGACCGGCAGCAGCGCCCCGAUGGGGCUCGGCAUGCCCGACCUCAUCACCGCUGCCUUCAACCAGGCCGUCCAGCCCUACACGGAGAAGAUCGAGCAGCUCGAGAGCCAGCUCGCCGACAUGCAGAACUGGGUCGACCAGCUCGAGCAGCAGCGCGCCGAGGUGCACAACUGGAUCGACAAGCGCGGACUGCGCCCAGACGUUCCUGCCUCAAUUGCUAAGAUCAUGGACACCACCACCGCCGAUGCGGCGCCCACACUCAACGCCCAGCUCGACCGCAAGAUCACCAUCGUCAACUUCGACCUGCACCGCCUGCAAGACGACCUCAACGACUCCAUCUCCUCGUCGCACUUUGCCUCGGCCAUGCUGAAGUUCCUGCCCGACAUCCAGCGCCUGACACUGCUCCCGUCCGGCCCGCGCUACGCCUUCGACCUCAUCCUGAAGCUCGGCGGCAACCUCAACUCCCACGGCGGCAUCGACAGUGCUGACGCCGGCGACAUAGCAGCCCGCCGCGACUUCUACAACAGACUCGACGAGACCAUGGUCGAUGUCGUGCAGCGCCGCUUCGGCGAGGGCGAGGGCUGGGACGUCAAGCGCGAGAUCAAGCGCAUCGAGAAGACCGCCAGCUACCUCAAGACCUACGGCGUCGAGCCAUACUUCCCCUCAACGCUUGAGAUGAUGAAGCGCGAGAUGGAGUUCCAGCCGCACCCCAACGGCGGUGUUCCCAAUGGCGGAACAGGAACCCCACCGCGGUACCAUUAG